UUGAGAUCAUUCUGUGUGUAUCAGUGUGUAUUCGAGACGUGAGCACGUAGGAACGUAUUCGAAGAAGUAACAUAUUCACACGGCAUUCACGCAGCGAAUCAAAAAAAAUUUGUGUACACAUCACGCAUCAAUACGCCGUUUCACCGAACAGAAUUACAACGAUAAGAAAAUGGCUUUGCCAUCAGAAAACGUUAUAAACAGGAAUGAUCCUGUAACAAUGGCAGUAGUUGAUAAUAUAAUGGGUAAUUUGCCCACUAAGAAACCUCUCGUUCGCUGUGAAGACUGUGACCUUUCCUUUACAAGCCAAACAGUAUUAGAUACACACUUACAAGGUGCACGUCAUGCCAAACAGGUGAGAUCAAAAAAUAUAAUGGCAACACUUGAAGAAACAAAGAUUUCAUUCACUAAAGAUGAAGAAACAAAUGGGCUCAAAUGUAAUGUAUGCAAUGUGUGCCUGAACUCUAUUCAACAGUUACAAACACAUCUCAAUGGAAGUCGUCAUAAAAAGAAAUUAAUGAAAGGUGAAUGGGAUGGCAAAGAGAUUGUCACCCAAGGCACUUCACUGGCAUCAUCAACCGGUAGCUCACAGCAGCCUGAUGACAGCCUGAGAGUGAAAAGGGUUUUAUUUUCCUGUGAUAUAUGUAACAAGUUCUUCAAUUCUCCGUCUCAAUACAGUGUGCAUAUGAAUUCGGAAAAACAUGCUGACAAAGUGAAGAGAUCUAAGAAUCCGAAUAUGAAAAGAUUUAAUCCAUACUGGAAAAAAAGAAAACCAAUUGCAGCUUCCAAGGACCAAAUACCGUCUUUGUCGAACAACUUUGUGUCGGGUGGUGUUAUGAUGACCUAUCAGCCAUAAGAUACCGUAUUUUAUUUUUAAUUGUAAAUUCGAAAUGGUUUUAUUUAUUUAUUGAAUGAUUUUAUUAAUGGUUAGAUUAUUUUCAAUGCUAUUGUGUUAAAAUCAAGUUAUAUAUA